UGGGAGACCAGAUAUAGUGAAUGCAGGGUCCGGGGAGACCAGAUAUAGUGAAUGCAGGGUCCGGGGAGACCGGAUAUAGUGAAUGCAGGGUCCGGGGAGAUCGGAUAUAGUGAAUGCAGGGUCCGGGGAGACCAGAUAUAGUGAAUGCGGGAUCCGGGGAGACCAGAUAUAGUGAAUGCAGGGGUCCGGGGAGACCAGAUAUAGUGAAUGCAGGGUCCAGGGAGACCGGAUAUAGUGAAUGCAGGGUCCGGGGAGACCGGAUAUAGUGAAUGCAGGGUCCGGGGAGACCAGAUAUAGUGAAUGCAGGGUCCGGGGAGACCAGAUAUAGUGAAUGCAGGGUCCAGGGAGCCCAGAUAUAGUGAAU